UUGAGUCUCUUUCUCCUUUCUCAAGCGUUGUUCAUCGCUUCCAAGCUCCCCAAGUUGUCGUCUUUCACCGUCUCUCGUCGCGCUUGUUGGGUCCUCCGACAUAUCCAUUCUCCUGUUCUGUCUUGGUGUUGCUCUCCCACGAAUAGUCAGGUAAACUGAUUAAAAAAAAGCAACCAUGGAUGAUGAUGUACUUCAUGGAAGCAAUGGUCGAACGCACAUUGCAGAAACUCAAGAUCCAAUGCAUCAUGUCCACUACGGACACCAUGCUUUGCAACACAUCCACAACGGAAGCGGCAUGGUCGAUGACCAUGCUGAUGGUAGUGGUGAUGGGGUUGAUACAGACGUUCCUUCCCACCCUGGAAACAUAACUGACAACCGUGGUGAAGUGGUCGACCGUGGUAGUGAACAAGGAGAUCAGUUGACAUUGUCCUUUCAGGGGCAAGUCUACGUUUUCGACAGCGUCUUGCCUGAAAAGGUUCAAGCUGUGCUUCUGUUAUUGGGUGGACGAGAAGUACCUCAGGCACCCCCUACAGGCUUAGGAGCGUCUCAUCAGAACAAUAGAGUAUUGGGUCUACCUGGAACUCCUCAAAGGUUUAGUAUGCCACAGAGGUUAGCUUCUUUGGUCAGAUUCCGAGAGAAACGAAAAGAGAGGAACUUUGAUAAGAAGAUUCGGUAUACAGUUCGCAAGGAGGUAGCUUUGAGGAUGCAACGCAAUAAAGGUCAGUUCACAUCUGCCAAGUCCAACAAUGGUGAAGCUGCAGCUGAUGGAUCUAGCUGGGAGUCCAGUCAAACGUGGGCUAUAGAAGGUAGCGAGGCUCAGAAUCAAGAAAUCUCAUGUCGGCACUGUGGAAUCGGGGAGAAGUCAACUCCAAUGAUGAGGCGUGGACCUGAAGGGCCAAGAACACUUUGCAACGCAUGUGGACUUAUGUGGGCUAACAAGGGUGCUCUUAGAGACUUAUCCAGAGGAGCUCCUCAAACAUCCCAAAAUCUUCCAGUAAAUAAUGAAGUAAGCAACAUGCAGGAGGAGGCAAAUCUUGAGGCUGAUCAAAUGAUGGUAACAGUAGCCAAUAACAUAAGCAACUCACAGUGAGAAAAACACUCUGGGCUCUUUGCCAUUACACGCAAGAGAAAGAUCUCAAACAGAGUCUUGAUCAUCUCUCGGGUGCUAUGUAGCUUUAUCAUUUCCUUUAAGAGAAUCUGAUUCGGUUUAGGUUUAUCUGGAUUUGAUCAGUGACAAUGUAAUAAUAUAGGUUAUAAUGCUCUGCCAUGUUUGGUUAUCUUUUUUUUUUUUCCGAUACAAAAAUGCUUCUUGGUAGAACUGUUGUUGCAUUGGUCUCUAUACUAUGAUAGCCUGAUGUAA